UAUACCUAGAAAAUAAUCAAAUUGAAGAAAUAACUGAAAUUUGUUUCAAUCAUACCAGAAAGAUUAAUAUGAUUGUACUACGUUAUAAUAAAAUAGAAGAAAGUCGGAUUGCUCCUUUAGCAUGGAUAAAUCAAGAAAAUCUUGAAUCUAUCGACUUGUCCUAUAACAAGCUUUACCAUGUCCCCUCCUAUCUACCUAAGUCUCUGCUGCACCUUGUACUAAUUGGGAACCAGAUUGAACGGAUCCCUGGCUAUGUUUUUGGCCAUAUGGAACCUGGCCUGGAGUACUUGUAUCUGUCAUUUAAUAGACUUUCUGAUGAUGGUGUGGACCUAGUCUCAUUCUAUGGGGCAUAUCAUUCUCUGAGAGAAUUAUUUCUGGAUCACAAUGACUUAAAAUCCAUACCACCUGGAAUACAAGAAAUGAAAGCACUACAUUUUCUGAGGCUGAACAACAAUAAGAUUCGGAAUAUUCUUCCUGAACAAAUUUGCAAUGUUGAAGAAGACGAAGACUCUGCUCUAGAACAUCUUCAUCUUGAGAACAAUUACAUUAAAACUAGAGAAAUAUCCUCUUAUGCAUUUUCAUGCAUAAGACUGUAUUCAAGUAUUGUUCUUAAACCACAAAAGAUCAAGUAAUUUCAAGUUUUCUUUUGCCAUUUAUAAAUUUUACUCAUGCAUUAAAAUUA